GGGUCUCUGAGCCUAACACAGAGAUCGAGGGGUUAGACUUGUGCUAAGUGAAGGCUAGAGCAUGCCAGUGACUAGCGCGGGCCUCGGGAGUGGGAGUUGGAGUGGGCAGGGUAAAGCGACGCGUGCACUCGCAAGCACACGUCCGCUCUCCGGCUUUCGGUUUCUUUGCCUCCCUCCAUCUUGCUGCGCGAUUCGGGUCUGGGGAGCGAAGUCCCACCGAUCGGAAGGAAGGAGAGCGCCUGUUUGGGGCAGAACUCUUCCAUUGGAAAGAACUUUGAAAGAAAUGAAGAAAGUCCUCAGAAAUGAAGUUGACUCUUCAUGACUUAUGGCUGUCUACUGAGUGGAUUGGAGCUUUGUCACUGCAGUUCCUUAGCAUGGCACUGUGCCAGGUGUCUGCCGAGGUCAUCCAUCAGGUGGAAGAGGCACUCGAUGAAGAUGAGAAGGAGGUGAUGCUUUUCUUGUGCCGGGAUGUUGCUGCAGACAAAGUUCCACCUAAUGUGAGGGAGCUCCUGGAUAUUUUAAGUGAAAGAGGCAAGCUGUCUAUGGUGGACUUGGCUGAGCUGCUCUACAGAGUGAGGCGAUUUGAUCUGCUUAAAAAGAUCUUGAAGAUGGACAAAACAGCAGUGGAGGCCCACCUGCACAGGCACCCUCAUCUUGUUUCUGAUUAUAGGGUGUUGAUGAUGGAGAUUGGUGAGGAUUUGGAUAAAUCUGAUGUGUCCUCACUAAUUUUCCUCACAAAGGAUUACACAGGCCGAGGCAAGACAGCCAAGGAUAAGAGUUUCUUGGAUCUGGUGAUUGAACUGGAGAAACGGAAUCUGAUUGCUUCAGAUCAAUUGAAUUUAUUAGAAAAAUGCCUAAAGAACAUUCACAGAAUAGACCUGAAGACAAAAAUUCAAAAGUACCAGCAGUCUGUUCAAGGAGCAGAAACAAGUUAUAUGAAUUCUUCCCAAACAUCUCUCCCAAGCUUGAGUCUCAAGGAUCCUUCAAGGCUCCAGAAUGGGAAAAGUAAAGAACGAAGACUUGUGGAACACCCUAACAUUCAAAGAAAACCAGUGAAGACAUCCAUUCAGGAAUCAGGAGCUUUUUUGCCCAAGCACAUACCUCAAGAGAGAUACAGAAUGCAGAGCAAGCCCCUAGGAAUCUGUUUGAUAAUUGAUUGCAUUGGCAAUGAUGCAGACGUUCUUCGACACACCUUUACUUCCCUGGGCUAUGAAGUACAUCCUUUCUUAUAUCUUCAUGUGAGUGAGAUAGAUCGGGUUCUUCACCAAUUUGCCUGUAAGCCCCAGCACCGAGACUACGACAGCUUUGUAUGUGUCCUGGUGAGCCGCGGAGGCUCCCAAAGCGUGUUUGGCGUGGAUCAGACUCAGUCAGGGUUCUCCUUGGAUCAGAUCAGAAGGAUGUUCACUGGGGAUGUGUGCCCUUUCCUUAUAGGGAAACCAACUUUUUUUAUUCAGAACUAUGUGGUGUCAGAGGGCCAUCUGGAAGACAGCAGUCUCUUAGAAGUGGAUGGACCAGCGAUGCACAAUAUGGAAUCCAGGGUUCAGCAACCUGGGCACUACAUGGUUCACCGAGAAGCUGACAUCUUCUGGAGCCUGUGUAUAGCAGAUGUGUCCUUGCUGGAGCAGUCCUCUAGCUUACCCUCUGUAUACCUGAAGAGCCUCUCCCAGAAGCUGGAACAAGAAAGGUGAGUCUACUGGGAGGACUAUUUGUUUAUAGUUCUGGUACCAAGAGGGGGAUUAUCGCUGUGCUGUGUUUGAUGCCCCUUCACAGAAAAAAAGAUUUUUUUCUUCCCUGUUAUGGCUUUGAUACAGACCCAGUACAAUUUAUGAACACUUUGUGUUAGUCAACUCGUGGUUCAGAUAUUUUUC